GAUUGUUUUUGGGUCUCCGUGGAGUGGGGCUCAUUUUUCUGUGCAUGUCUGUGGCAUUUUUGCGUAAAAAUGUUGACUAAAAGUUGAGGGUGGGUGGAGCGGGGGCGGUUAAACACGAAAAAAGUGCUCGUUCCGGAGAGGAUAGUUUACGGUAUGCUCGGAAAGGACACAACUUAUCGAGAGUUGAACGACGACGAUGAGCGCAGCGAAGAAUUGCAGUCACCCGAUUUUUUCCGCGAUGUCGUGGAAAAGGACGGCGAGGGGCGCGGCGAGAGCAUUUUGCCAGAGGACGACUCCGGGGGCGGCACGGCGCCCCCGCGCGUCAGCAAGGCCUGCCUGAAGAACGUGUUCACGGUGGCGCUCAUCUUCAUCUACCUGCUGCUGACGGCGGUGGCCGCCUUCCUGGCCUACCAGACCAUCUCCGACUUCCUGGAGAAGCUCAACCAUCCCGUCAUGUCCGUCACCUACAAGGAGGUGGACGCCUUCUCCCCGCCGGGCAUCGCUUUGUAUCCCGGCCAGGCCCGGCUGCUGAGCUGCCGGCACCGCUACCACGACGACCUCCCGCCCCUGGUGGACCCCGGCCGGCCUCGAGAGGGCGACUGCGUCGUCAAAGAGGUGACGUACUACGGGCCCUUCGCCAACGGAACGCAGAAGAAGGCGCUGGUCGUGCGGGGACCUUCGGACGUCCGCAGUCGGGAGGUGGUCUUCAUCCAGUUCAGUCAGAACAAGACCGAGGAGGACUUUAGCGCAAUCCCGUACAUGCUGUUUGCCAAGUUUAGUGAUCUGGAUCACAGUUUGAAUAAAUCAGAGUUCAUGAGGGACUGCGAGAGGAACUACUCCACGUGGACCUUCUCCGGUGGCUUCCGCACGUGGGUCAAGAUGUCCUUGGUGAGGACAUCGGGGAAGAGCAGCCAAUCGGUGCAGUUUCGACAAGAGUCCGCUCUGGUCAAGUUCAACGACAAGAGGCCCGAACCCGAGAGGAGCAACGAGCUUUUCUUUGCUGUCUUUGAGUGGCGGGAUCCCUUUACGCAAGAAAUCCGACUGAUCGUGACGGCAAACCCGUGGUCGUCGGCCGCCAUUCUCUGCGGCGUCUUCAUGGCGCUCUUCAAGGCGGCCAACUUCGCCAAGCUGACCGUCCAGUGGAUCAUCAGAAUGCGCAAGCGCCACCUGAGGAACAAAGCCCGCCAACUUGGCACGUAAACGCAACACGGGGGAACUUUUGAAUGUUCAAGAAAAAGCGCAGCCAAGUCCGGACACCGCCAAAAUGUUCCGUUGCGCUCGCAGUGGUUUUUGGGACCGUUUUGAAACAAGACGCAUUUCAUCUUUUGUCACAUCAUUUUGUCGUGAUUACGAAGUAGAAACAAAUGAAUGGAGCAUCUUUUAUCGCCACAUUCAGAUAUUUCACUUCUGUUUCCCAAACUUUGCGACAAAUGCGUCCGCUGCGCAUAAAUGAGUGAUUACAGAUACUCAAAUGUUUUUAAUUUUAUUUUUAACCGUUCUACGUGUAGCGUUGUUGUCAAAGUCAAACCUGUUGAUCUAAUGUGUUGUUUAUUUUACUGCUGCACAAUUUUAUAUUAUUUGUUUUGAUUCUGUGCGGUUGAAUUUUGUAGUGUUGAAGAUUUAAUGUCCCGCUGUUGUCUUUGAUUGUAUCAAAGGGACUUGAAUACAUGUCAGUGUGUGCUUCA